GUAGGUCCCAUGACUUGAGUUGAGGUAAACACCGCCCCAGACUUCAGAGCACAUCCACACUCCUCCGUUCGGACUUGAAGCAGAAGUCAGCUGACCGCAGCUCAACACAGCCAUGUACUGUCUGGUCAAAUUUGCGCCGCUGUUUUUGGCGGUAGCCGUAUCCAAUGGGUGGCUCUUCGGCGACUUUGUAGGAAAACAGAAAGUGCUGGAUGAAAUCUCUCUCUGGCCGCUACCGCAGAAAUUUCAGUCGUCCGCCGUCGCUUUUAAACUCAGCCCCACCAGGUUUCAGAUCGUCCAAGCGAAACAGUCCUCCGCCGGACCGAGCUGCAGCAUACUCGAGAAUGCGUUUCGCAGAUAUUUUGAAUACAUAUUUGGUGACCUGAAGAAGCCCGAGAAGAGCCGAAAGAAAGUGUAUGAUUCAGAUCUCGUGGAGCUUCAGGUAUGGGUAACAUCAGCUGAUCCGGAGUGCGACGGUUUCCCGAGUCUGCAAACCGACGAGUCAUAUGAGCUGUCCGUUGAUGAACCCUCUGCUGUGCUGAAAGCUGCUAAUGUAUGGGGAGCUUUGCGAGGACUGGAAACAUUCAGCCAGCUGGUCUAUGAGGAUGACUAUGGAGUCAACAACAUCAAUAAGACAGACAUCUCAGAUUUCCCACGGUUUGCCCAUCGGGGGAUCCUCCUGGACUCGUAUCGCCACUUCCUGCCACUCAAAGUCAUUUUGGCCAAUUUGGAAGCUAUGGCGAUGAACAAGUUUAAUGUAUUUCACUGGCACAUUGUGGAUGAUCAUUCAUUUCCUUACAUGAGCCGUACCUUCCCCGAGUUAAGUCAGAAGCGAAAGGGAGCCUAUCACCCAUUCACGCAUGUGUACACUCCAUCCGACGUGAAGAUGGUCAUCGAGUUCGCUCGCAUGAGGGGGAUCCGUGUCAUCCCUGAGUUUGACACCCCAGGACACACAGAGUCAUGGGGUACUGGCAUAAAGGAUCUACUAACACCUUGUUACAGUGGCUCUAGUCCUUCAGGAACAUUUGGGACGGUGAACCCCAUCUUAAACUCCUCUUAUGACUUCAUGACACAGUUUUUUAAAGAGAUCAGCACAGUCUUCCCUGAUGCCUACAUACACCUGGGUGGAGACGAGGUUGACUUCAGUUGCUGGGAGUCCAAUCCUGAUAUUCAGAAGUUUAUGGUGCAGCAGGGCUUUGGCACAGACUACAGCAAACUGGAGUCUUUCUAUAUUCAAAGGUUACUUGAUAUUGUGGCUGCUACCAAGAAAGGCUACAUGGUGUGGCAGGAAGUGUUUGAUAAUGGAGUGAAGCUGAAGGAUGACACUGUGGUGGAGGUGUGGAUGGAGAACAAGAUGGAGGAGGAGCUUCAGAAUGUGACUGGGGCAGGAUUUACAACCAUUCUUUCUGCCCCUUGGUACCUGGACUACAUUAGCUAUGGACAGGACUGGCAACACUACUACAAAGUUGAGCCACUCAAUUUCCCUGGCACAGAUGCACAGAAGAAGCUGGUGAUAGGUGGAGAGGCUUGUCUUUGGGGAGAGUAUGUGGAUGCUACCAACCUCACUCCUCGACUCUGGCCAAGAGCCAGUGCUGUCGCUGAGAGGUUAUGGAGUGAUAAAAGCGUGACAGAUGUGGAUAAUGCCUAUAAUCGUCUGGUCCAGCAUCGCUGCCGCAUGGUCAAGAGAGGCAUACCUGCAGAACCUCUAUUUGUUGGCCACUGCCGUCAGGAGUACAAGGGUCUAUGAACUUCAACAUUCAGCUGACAGUAGACAAUUAAAGGGAAUAAAAGGACAACACUUUUUAAAAGAUAAAAUCAUGUUAUUGAUUCCAGUAACUGAUUUGCUGUUGUAUGCACUGAGCCAGAUACUGCCAGAACUUGAUAUUUUUGAUUACUGGUUUUUAUUAUUAAAUGGACAGUUCUGUACAUCUGGAUUUUCUCUGUAGGCUUAAAUUUGAUUAAAUUGUAAUUAAUGUUCUUGUGAAUAAAUUGUAUGGAAGGUCUGCCUUUUAAUUAUUUCCCAAGGCUAGGUAUGUUGUAAGGGUUUUAUAAAUGAAAUAAAUAUUUAAAUAAAACAUUUAUGAAUGCAUUGUUCUUAUAAAAUUAU